AUGCAGCAGGAGCUACUCCAGCACGAGCACAUGCAGCAGGAGCUACUGCAGCACGAGCACAUGCAGCAGGAGCCACUGCAGCAGGAGCACAUGCAGCAGAAGCCGCUGCAGAAGGAGCACAUGCAGCAGGAGUUACUGCAGCAGGAGCACAUGCAGCAGGAGUUACUGCAGCAGGAGCACAUGCAGCAGGAGCCGCUGCAGAAGGAGCACAUGCAGCAGGAGUUACUGCAGCAGGAGCACAUGCAGCAGGAGCUACUGCAGCAGGAGCACAUGCAGCAGGAGUUACUGCAGCAGGAGCACAUGCAACAGGAGCCACUGCAGAAGGAGCACAUGCAGCAGGAGUUACUGCAGCAGGAGCACAUGCAGCAGGAGCACAUGCAACAGGAGCCGCUGCAGAAGGAGCACAUGCAACAGGAGCCACUGCAGAAGGAGCACAUGCAGCAGGAGUUACUGCAGCAGGAGCACAUGCAGCAGGAGCACAUGCAACAGGAGCCGCUGCAGAAGGAGCACAUGCAGCAGGAACACAUGCAACAGGAGCCGCUGCAGAAGGAGCACAUGCAGCAGGAGCCACUGCAGCAGGAGCCACUGCAGCAGGAGCACAUGCAGCAGGAGCCGCUGCAGAAGGAGCACAUGCAGCAGGAGUUACUGCAGCAGGAGCACACGUAUGCAGCAGGAGCCACUGCAGCCGGAGCACAUGCAGCAGGAGCCACUGCAGCAGGAGCACAUGCAGCAGGAGCCGCUGCAGAAGGAGCACAUGCAGCAGGAGCUACUGCAGCAGGAGUCGCUGCAGUAGGAGCCGCUCUGUUUUUUGGCCCUCUGACGUAUUUGACUUUGACAUGCCUGGUCUAG